AUGGGGUCCCCAGCCUCCGCCCUGCUGUUCCACGCCGCGGCCGGCGUCGCGGCCGUGAGCGCCGCGCACCACGCGCACCGGGGCGUCGCGGAGCUGUACCCGGCGUGGAGGGCGCGGCUCGUCGGGGUCAACAACGACGGGCGGGCGGCGGCGCGGGCGGCGCGCACGGGGUGGGAUUACAUGAUGGUCGGGUACGCGCUGACGGUGCUCCUCAACGUCAAGUGGGCUCGCGCGGGCGGCCCGCGCGGGUGGGAAGAGGGCGCCGCGCUGGCGGCCCUGGCGCUGGGCGGGCUGCGCGAGGGGUGGGUGUGCGCGCGGGCGGGCGAGGCGCUCCCGCUGGUGGCAUUCUGGGGCGUGCCGGCGCUGGGUGUGCUUGCUACGGCUCUGAGCUGA